AUGUCGGACCUGUCGGUCACCGCCUCGAACGUCCGCGUCCUGGGCCACGUCUCGGACCCCUUCCGACGCGUGUUGACGCCCGACGCCUUGCGGUUCCUCGCGUUCCUCCACACCCACUUUGAACCACGACGGCAGGCGCUACUGGCAGCGCGUGGCGCGCGGCAGAAGGCGCUGGACGCUGGCACGCUGCCGGACUUUCUGCCGGCGACGCGGUACAUGCGCGACAGUGACUGGACGGUAGCGGCCAUUCCAGCGGACUUGGCCGACCGUCGGGUCGAGAUUACGGGCCCCGUGGACCGCAAGAUGGUGAUCAAUGCCCUCAACUCGGGCGCCAAGUGCUUUAUGGCCGACUUUGAAGACUCGACGGCGCCCACGUGGCGCAAUGUGGUGGACGGACAGGUGAACCUGAUGGAUGCCGUGCGCCGGACGAUUGCGUACACGCACCCGCAGACGCACAAGCAGUACGUGUUGAAGGAGCAGGUGGCGACGCUGCUCGUGCGGCCGCGCGGGUGGCACUUGGACGAGGCCCACGUGCUCGUGGACAACCAGGUCGUCUCGGGCGCGCUGUUUGACUUUGGACUGUACUUUUUCCACAAUGCCCAUGCGCUCGUGGCACGGGGCUCGGGGCCGUACUUUUACUUGCCGAAGCUCGAGCACCACUUGGAAGCCAAGCUCUGGAACGACGUCUUUGUCGCGGCACAGGGGUACUUGAGCAUCCCACAGGGCUCGAUCCGAGCCACGGUGCUGGUCGAGACGAUCCUCGCGGUGUUCCAGAUGGACGAGAUGCUGUAUGAACUGCGGGACCACUCUUCUGGUCUCAAUUGUGGACGCUGGGACUAUAUCUUUUCGUACAUUAAGAAGUUCCGCAACCACCCGCAGUUUGUCGUGCCCGACCGCGCGGCGGUCGGCAUGACGACGCCAUUUAUGGCUGCGUACGUGAAACUGCUCGUUCGCACGUGCCAUCGUCGGGGCGCCCACGCCAUGGGCGGCAUGGCGGCCCAGAUUCCGGUCAAGGACGACCCGGAGCUGAAUCGCAAGUUUAUGGCGGCUGUCGUGGAAGACAAGUCGCGCGAAGUGGCGGCGGGGCACGACGGCACUUGGGUUGCCCACCCUGGCCUGGUCAAGAUUGCAAUGGACGCGUUCAGCAAGAUGUCGGGUCCCAACCAGAUUGCGUGGAUUCCGGACGCUGGCAAGGAUAUCACUGCCGCACAGCUGAUGGAGCCUCCAACUGGCGCAAUUACCUACAACGGUCUGGUCGAGAACAUUGACGUGUCGCUCGUGUACACAGAGGCAUGGCUGCGCGGCAGCGGCUGUAUCCCGCUCCACAAUAAGAUGGAGGACGCUGCGACAGCUGAGAUCUCGCGCGCCCAAGUAUGGCAGUGGAUCCGUCAUCGCAGCAAGACUGUUGAAGGCAAGACCGUGUCGAAAGCGUUGGUGCUGGAGAUUCUACAAGAGUGCGUGAACAAGCGAUCCCGCGAUGCCGCUCCGGGGCACAAGUGGGCACUUGGCGGAGAGAUUAUGGGCAAAGUGCUGACAGGAGACGAGAUGGUUGAUUUUCUUACGCUGCCGUGCUACCCGCGCAUUGUGCAGCUUGGCUCGAGUAUCUGA